GGGAGGGAGUAGCUAACUGACUCAUUCUGUGGCUCCCGUCCCCGGAGAAGUCAAAACACAAACAGGCUUCAAGAGCUUGCAGAGUCAGCCCAGCGGGGCCAACGCACAAGCCCAGGCAAGAGUGCCCUCUCAGCUCCUGGCUGAUAGCAUGAAGGGCCCCAGCCUCCUCCAGACACUUUGGAGACUCUUGUUCUCCCUGUCUGUGGUCGUGGCUGCCUCUGGUGAGGACUGUGAUCCUAGCCUCUGUCUGAACGGAGGUACCUGCCUGAAUGGAAGCGAGAGCUCCACUUUCUACUGCCUCUGUCCUGAUGGAUUCACUGGGCAGAACUGCAAUGAGACUGAACAAGGGCCCUGCAGCCCUAACCCUUGCCAAAACAAUGGCCACUGCCGAGUGGUGACUGAAUCCCGUCGAGGAGAUGUCUUUGCCCAGUAUGUCUGUGACUGUGCUGAAGGAUAUGAGGGCCCUCAUUGCCAGAAAGCAAGCAGUCCCAUGAAUGCGUGCAACACACAACCUUGCAAGAACGGUGGCACCUGCUUUGACCAGGAAGAAGGCUACACCUGCAAAUGUCCUUCCCUGUUCAUAGGAAAAUCUUGCCAGUCCCGUUGCAACAUGCCACUGGGCAUGGAGGGAGGUGCUAUUGCUGAUUUCCAGAUUUCAGCCUCAUCUGUAUAUUACAGCUUUCUGGGCAUGCAGCGUUGGGGUCCAGAGUUGGCCCGGCUCAAUGCUAAAGGGAUUGUCAAUGCCUGGACUGCUAGCAACUAUGACAAGAACCCCUGGAUACAGGUGAACCUUUUGCGGGAGAUGAGAAUAACAGGCAUUAAGACACAGGGUGCCAGCCGGACGGGCAGUUCUGAAUAUCUGCGGACCUUCAAAGUGGCAUAUAGCAAUGAUGGGUACAUCUUUGAGUUCGUCAAGGAGCCAACCCAACUCAGGGACCAGGUCUUUGUGGGGAACAUAGACAACAAUGGUGUGAAGACCAACGUUUUUGAUCCACCUCUGGUGACCCAGUUUGUGCGUAUUGUGCCUGUUGUCUGCCGUAGAGCCUGUACCCUCCGGUUUGAGCUUUUUGGUUGUGAAGUGGAAGGUUGUUCUGAGCCUCUGGGUAUGAAGUCUGAGAUUAUUCCUGACAGUAAGAUCACAGCUUCUAGCACCUUCAAGACUUUUGGCAUGGAUGCUUUCAGUUGGCAUCCUUAUUAUGCUCGAUUGGACAAACAAGGCAAAUUCAAUGCCUGGACAGCUGAGAGCAAGGAAGACACUGAGUGGCUGCAGAUUGACUUGGGCACCCCAAAGCGGGUGACAGGCAUCAUCACUCAGGGGGCCCGGGACUUUGGUCAUAUCCAGUAUGUGUCAGCAUACAAAGUGGCCUAUAGUAACGAUAACAAAUCUUGGACCAUAUACAAGGACAAAAGAACGAACACUAGCAAGAUCUUUUUAGGAAAUUCAGACAACAACUCCCACCAGAAGAACAUAUUUGAGAUCCCUUUCUACUCCCGGUUUGUCCGGAUCCUGCCUGUUGCCUGGCAUGGGCGUAUCACCUUGAGGGUGGAGCUGCUGGGCUGUGAGGAGUAGAGCCCCUCCAAUCGUGGGAGAGACUGGAGAGGGGCUGAAGUGGGUGUGAAGUCCAAGGCCAGCCUUGCCUUCUUCCUUCCCCUAACCCUGCCUCCAGUCUCUGUGCCUCACUUGCCUCCACCUGCAUGUCCCAUGCCUCAGCACCUGGGGAUAGGAUGAACAGUGGAGGUUCACCGCCUGAUUGUAGUUGAAACUUGGGGUGGGGUGGGUGGGAGGGGCUUCAGGGCCCCCUGUUUUUUCUGUAGGGGACAGGCUUUGCCUAGGGUGACCCUCACCCUCACGCUCACGCUGCUGUGGCCCCCCCACAGCUGUUGCACACUGGGGACCUGGGUCCGUAACCCCUACAUUGGGAGUUAUUCCAGAUUUAUUUAGUUCUGAUCAUUUUCAGAAAUCUCGAGUUCUGCAUAGAGGGGUAUGAUUGGUAUGAAAGAAAUCUAUGUCUGUAUGUAUGGGAAUGGAUAGUAUGUAUAAAUAGGGUCUGCGUGUUAUGAAUUGCAGUGGAGAAUAUGUGUGUGUGUGUGUGUGUGUGUGUGUGUGUGUGUAUGUGUGAGAGAGAGAGAGAGAGAGACCGACCUGUUUUUCUUCACCCAUCUACCUUUCUCCUUCCCCUCUAAGGCUUGUUUUUAGAGCCAGAAAUGCAUGGAGAGCUGGUGGUAGAAAGACCCACUCUUAUCUUAAGUUUUCACUCCCUUCCCUGACAUCCCUUCCUCCAGAUGUCUAGAGAAAAAGGAUCUGCAGUAACUUUCUGUGUGAUAACCCCUGGCUGGGAUCCUCCCCCUACCUGUCAGCCAUACAUUCUGAGGCAGGAGUGACAGGAGGGGGAAGGCAUCUUCUAAAAGGCUGACUGACAAUUGCCUCCACCCCUCCUAUAGACUCUCCAGUUUCAGUCUUCUCUUUUGAUAACCAGAAGAAGGGGAUAUUUUUAAAAAAGCUCUCCAGAAGGAGUUGGAGAUGGGAGUGGAGACACUGCUAUGGGGCUCAGGAAAAGGGUCUGAGAAAGAUCACUUGGGGCCAAAGUAUUAGUCUAUUACCCUCAAAGAGCUGACCAAGAGGGGUCAGAUGGAUGCAGGGGCUCUGAUGCCUUCUCCUUCUCCUUGUGAUUGUAACACAGGGUGGGAAAUUUCUCAAAUAUAUUUAUACUUACCAACUCA